UGGUUAGACCCGAUAUGCGGAUAGCCGGGCAAUCGAUGUCACAAAUAACUGGUGUUAAGAAACCAUUGAGUCAUACGAAUAGUUUGACAAAAUUGCCAAAACAUGGCGUCGAAACACCUCAUGAGGAUGAACUGGACAAAUACUACGAAGAGAUCGACAAAUGGGGUUUAGAUAUGUUUAAGAUCGCUGAAUGCGCUAAUAAACACCCACUUACUUCUAUUAUGUACACUAUUUUUAAAGCACGUGAUUUAAUAAAGACAUUCAAAAUUCCUUCGAAGAAAUUCAUAAAUUUUAUGAUAACUUUGGAAGAACACUACCUCGACGUUCCCUAUCAUAAUUGUCUACACGCGGCCGAUGUCGUCCAGUCCGUUCACGUCCUACUCUUAUCGCCGGCACUUGACUCUGUUUUCACUGAUUUGGAAAUCCUAACGGCGCUGUUUGCUGCGGCCAUCCACGACGUGGACCACCCGGGAGUGACCAAUCAAUACCUGAUUAACUCGAGCUCAGAGUUGGCGCUCAUGUAUAACGACGAGUCGGUGCUGGAGAACCACUCGUUGGCGGUUGCCUUCAAAGUGCUCCAACAGGAAGAGACCGAUAUUUUCGUCAAUUUGAGUAAAAAGCAGAGACAAACACUGCGAAAGAUGACUAUUGAUAUGGUCUUAGCGACUGAUAUGUCGAAACACAUGAGCUUAUUAGCAGAUCUCAAGACUAUGGUUGAGACAAAGAAAGUGGCCGGAAGUGGAGUACUCCUACUCGACAACUACACCGAACGGAUACAAGUGCUUCAAAAUAUGCUGCAUUGCGCCGACUUAAGUAACCCAACCAAACAACUCGAGAUAUAUAAGCAAUGGUGUGAACUCGUGAUGGAGGAGUUCUUCCAACAGGGAGACAAAGAAAGGUCUCUCGGACUCGACAUCAGCCCCAUGUGUGACAGAUAUAACGCCACUAUCGAGAAGUCUCAGGUUGGAUUUAUCGAUUAUAUUGUUCACCCGCUAUGGGAGACGUGGGGUGACCUGGUACAUCCGGACGCUCAAGAGAUACUGGACACGUUAGAGGACAACCGUGAUUGGUACCACAGUAUGAUUCCCAUGAGUCCGACCGCUCAAGAACUCAGUGCACAGGAGGCGGAGGGUGUGGGACCCGUACGUGACUUAGCGGCCGCCGCAGAGAAAAUCAAAUUUCAGAUCACUUUGGAAGAGCCCGAAGACGAAGAGGAAUACGAAGAGUCUGCGGAACAGUUAGAGUAGACGUGAUUUGUCGGCCAGUUUUAGGAGAAAAUUGAUUUAUUUUUUAAUUGGACGCGAAUUUGAUAUUCAAAUUGAAUGCAAACCACACGACAUACAUGUGCUGAGAGGCUGGGAUUGAGUGCAAUGAACUAAUUGGAC